AUGGCCAUCUUCCUCGGUCCAAAGGUACGAAUAAGCUCAGAUCAGGAGCUGCUCCCCUGUGUCUGCCAAGCUUCAAAUAUUUAUGAGAUUGUUGAAACACUUUUUUCAAAGGCCUCAUGUGACAAAGUGCUGCUCCAGCACCGUUCCAUCGUAGGUGGAAUCGAAGAUGGUACGGCCAUUGAGCAGCUCCUCUCCAAUGUAACCGCCUCGCUCGGGUUCUCAUUUACACUGAGCGCUCUGCGAACAGUGGGGACCUUUGACCCGGUGUUCUGA